CUGGCCCCAUUGGGCCUCCUGGGAUGACCCUACAGGCUCCCUUCCUCUGUCCCCACCUUGAGUUUGGGGUCUGGGUGGGGGCAGGUGUGGCUGUGGCAGGGCAGAGAUAGCACAUGCAUCCCUUGAAUACAGGUGAGGUGUGGGGUGAGGCGGGCCGAGGGGAGUGCAGGGCCCUGUCGUCCCUCCCCUGGCGCGGCCUGGGGCGAGCAGGCCAUUGCUGACCACAGGGAAGGGAUGGCCUCGCGGUGCGUGACUGGCCUGGGUGAGCAGGCUCCCCGGCCUCCGGGUGGACGUGGUGGGUGGGUGAACGCUCACGCCUGUAAUCCCAGCACUUUGGGCAGCUGGCCCAAGAGCUGAGGUAGCACUGGCUCACAGAGGCUGGUCCGAGUGAGGGAGACAAAGGAGGGUCAUGAACUAGGGAGUAGGAGAUGGGCCCUGAUGGGCCGGAGAGCACAUAUUUCAGGCUGCUGCAAGUGAGGUGGGAGGGUUGUACAGGGGUUCCUGGGGGUUUCCCCCAGCCCUGCCUGGGAUGGGAACGGAAUGUCAUCGUUUCCUCAUUCAAAGGAUGCUUGUCAAACCUGCUAGGAGCCAGUAGGGAGGCCCUCAGCCCGCAGGAGGACAGCAGCCCUGCCUGGGCCCCUGGGCUUGCUCACUCACUCUGCCGAUGAGUGUCGGUGACGGUCAGCACCCAGCCAUGAGGACGCCUGCUGUCUCGAGGGCUGACGCAGAGGGAGGCCUGGGAAGGAGCAGUUUUCUGGAGCCCAGGCUGGCCCAAUCCAGGGCUGGGGGUCAGGCAGGACCACCUCGUGUUCUGUUACUGGGAUGGGCGACCAGGAUCGACAGUGGUUCUUGGAGCACUCAUGCCAUCCGGGUGACCUGCACGGGUUCCUGCGGGGUCUCCAACAAGGCUAACGACGCAGCGUGGGUAGCGGAGGAGGACUACUUCAACAGUUCCCUGUCGCUGGCGGACAAGGGGAGUCUGCCCGCUGGUGAGCACAGCUUCCCCUUCCAGUUCCUGCUUCCUGCCACAGCACCCACGUCCUUUGAGGGUCCUUUUGGGAAGAUCGUGCACCAGGUGAGGGCCGCCAUCCACACGCCACGGUUUUCCAAGGAUCACAAGUGCAGCCUCGUGUUCUAUAUCUUGAGCCCCCUGAAUCUGAACAGCAUCCCAGACAUUGAGCAACCCAAUGUGGCCUCUGCCACCAAGAAGUUCUCCUACAAGCUGGUGAAGACAGGCAGCGUGGUCCUCACAGCCAGCACUGAUCUCCGUGGCUAUGUGGUGGGGCAGGCACUGCAGCUGCACGCCGACAUUGAGAACCAGUCAGGCAAGGACACCAGCCCUGUGGUGGCCAGUCUGCUGCAGAAAGUGUCCUAUAAGGCCAAGCGCUGGAUCCACGACGUACGGACCAUUGCGGAGGUGGAGGGUGCGGGCGUCAAGGCCUGGCGGCGGGCACAGUGGCAUGAGCAGAUCCUGGUGCCUGCUUUGCCCCAGUCGGCCCUGCCAGGCUGCAGCCUCAUCCACAUCGACUACUACUUACAGGUCUCUCUGAAGGCACCGGAAGCUACUGUGACCCUCCCGGUCUUCAUUGGCAAUAUUGCUGUGAACCACGCCCCACUGAGCCCCCGGCCAGGUCCAGGGCUGCCUCCCUGGGCCCCACCCCUGGUGGUGCCUUCUGCACCACCCCAGGAGGAGGCCGAGGCUGCGGCUGGUGGCCCCCACUUCUUGGACCCGGUCUCCCUCUCCACCAAGAGCCAUUCGCAGCAGCAGCCCCUGCUGGCCACCUUGGGUUCUGUGCCUGGUGCCCCCGAGCCCUGUCCUCAGGAUGGCAGCCCUGCCUCAUAUCCGCUGCGGCCUCCCUUGUGCAUUUCAACAGGUGCCACUGUCCCCUACUUUGCAGAGGGCUCUGGGGGGCCAGUGCCUACCACCAGCACCUUGAUUCUUCCUCCAGAGUACAGCUCUUGGGGCUACCCCUAUGGUGAGUCAAGGGCCAGGGCUUGGCAGGGAGGGGACGCCAGGAGCCCCAUGCAGACCCUGCUUUCUCCCCGCAGAGGCCCCACCGUCCUAUGAGCAGAGCUGCGGCGGCGUGGACCCCAGCCUGACCCCUGAGAGCUGACCCCGUGCUGCCUUCUCCAGGCAGGCCUGGCCUCUGCCCUGGGACUGGGGCGCCCAGGGCCUCGUGCCUUCUCUCUCGGCCUGGCCUGACCCACUCAGGACCUGCCCAGCCUCUGCCAGCUCCUCUGGCGUCCACCCUCUUCUCCCUGGGGCUGGGGUGGGGGUGGCAGGGAGCUGGGACCUGGAGAGACUCCUGUAAAUAAAACGCUGUAUUUGUAGA